AUGUGCGGGCGCAGCAUCGAGCUUCAUCACGGUCAGACGGAAGAGCUAAUGCUGCCGGAAACUCCUAUCCCCGAUACUGUGACCAACUGGAGAUCACGCAUUCAGGAGUUGCUGCAAAGCUUUGCGCUCCCUGCUUCCCAAGCCGACUCCAUAUCUCUAUGCGACGAAGAGGGGGUCUCGGCUACUAGAGAAUCCAGGGGUACCGCCAUUUUAAUUUCUAACGACGAGACUAAUACAGAAAAUGAGGACGGCGAUGAGGGUCAAGAUUUCGACGACUCGCAAUCAUACACAACACCUACGACCAGCAUCGCAGACCAUUUUGGUGGCACGAGCACCAAGCAUAGUCCAACUGGGUCGGAGGACGCCAUCGGUAUGGACAUUACGCCAGCAGUAUCUCUAGCUCUAGUGGAGGACGACUCAGAUUGGACACAUAACUCAUAUAUGGGCCCCCUUGCUAAUCCUAAACCGAAUCAACAAUCUCCUUAUCAGAUAGAACGCACGUCCGCUAGAGAUGCGACGGCAUAUACAGAUGCCAGUUUUAACAUUUCGCCUACUAGCCCUAGGAGUCAGCCAUAUCGGAGCGUGUCAGACGAACAACAGCUUAUCACCGGGGCCACCAGCGAGCCAGACAUCAUAAUAGUCGAUGCUCUCUCUGACGAACGUUCCCGUGAUGGUGCACAGAGUACUCCCACAUCCCCUUUGAUGCACACAUACAGUCAUAUUGCUGCAGGCCCUAAUAUGGCUCACACGCUGUUGCACGAUAGCGAAGAGUGUGCGAGCACAUCGCGCGGUGAUGCUCUUUCUAGAGCCCACACUUCAUCCCCCGAAUCACACCAUAAGCAAGAUUACGACCACACUAGUUGCGAAACCAGCGACGCUGAGUCCGAGUCCUCAGCGGCCGAAUCCGGAUCGCAAUUUGGAGCCCGACUGUCUCCUCCGUUUCGGAGGUUGCCGUCCCCGCGCCGUUCUCGUCGCAGAUCCUCACAUACUCAUGAAAUGGUGCAUGAGGACAGUGACGUAGAUACUAAAGGCUCUAGCAGUGAAGAUGGCCUCAAUAUUCCAGAAUGCGUGCGUAACGAGGACUAUUGCCCUUCACCAAAUCAGGAACACGGCUCUAGAGACGACUCCGAUGAUAAGCAGCAUUGUCACAAACGUCGCAAGGCAUCUCAAUCUCCUUACAGCUCGGUUCGCAGUACCCCCACCAGUGCCCGGGAUUCUCGCCGAAGGAAGCGAUCCACAAGAGCUAUCGCACACUCAUUGAGGGAGCGUGACACGUUAGCACUCGGCUUAUUGAGUCCAACAGCAUCGCAUACAAGAUCUAUUCCCUCUGAUGCCACUACAUUUCUUGCUCAGUUUGAGGAAUAG